GCCUGUCGGAGGCAACGACGCCGCAGGACCUUAGUUUUGAGAAAUCGAGCUACUUCAGGUUGCCAAAGUUCAUACACAAACCCUAGGUUCUCUGUCUACACGUUCGAAGGAGACGGUUUCUCGGACGACUGAUUUCUGAUGGAUGAAAUAUUGAAGAACCAGACUUUUGGGAUCCAUGCAAUUGCAGCUGCAGGGUCAGUUGCAUUGGGAGCAGCUCUCACUUAUCCCCUUGAUACUAUCAAAGUCCUUAUACAGGUAGGUUCUGGGUCCAGUAAACAAUUGACUACAGUUCAGGUUCUCAACCGAGUUCAAACUUUAUCAGGAAAUUCAGGUAUAUAUAGUGGUCUUGGUUGGUUGAUGUUGGGGAGGAUUUUUGGUGUGGGGGCCCGCUUUGGAACUUAUGAAAUAUUGACAGCUUUCUACAAAGAUGGUCGAGAAGACAAUUAUGUAUACGUUUCUGAAGCCUUUAUGGCGGGAAUUGCAUCUGGUGCUGUGGAAUCACUCAUCAGCUCUCCAUUUGAGCUCAUUAAACUUCGAGCACAGGUGACUUCUGCUUCUCGCAUUCGAAGUUCCGCUGCUGUUAUUGACAAGACAGCUCUUGCUCCUUUAAUGGCAAGAUUACUGCCUGGAUACUCGCCAGAUAUGAGAACGUUGGACCAUUAUGUUGGCCUUUUGUCCACCCUGACAGGAAAACAUCCAAAUAUGACUGGUGCAUUAAAAGAGUACCCAUGGAUGAUGUCUGGAUCUGGCAGGGCACCAUCUGUCUGUGAUGUUAGAAGGCCAUUAGACAUAAUUUCUUUGGAAGGAUGGGGUGCUUUAUGGAGAGGCCUACGAUCAGGUGUAGUUCGAGAUUCCAUUUUUGGUGGUGUGUUCUUCUCAAGCUGGCAGUUUUUACAUCAAGCAAUGCUUGAAUGGAAGGCAGUUGAUAUGAAUCCUCCUCCCAGGUCUGAUGAAGAAAUUGGUCCUCUGUCCCCUCUUGCUGUUAGUCUUGCAGCUGGUUUUUCUGGUUCAAUUGCUGCUGCUGCAUCUCAUGGUUUUGACACUGCAAAAAGUCGAUCACAAUGUAUCGUGCUGCCCAAGUUUAUAUCCAUGGAAAGGAGACUUCUGAAAUGGAAGCUGCCUGGAAAGAGGUUUGAGAGACUCACAGGAAUCCACCCUGCAGAUAGGAACAUUUUGCUCCGCGGCAUUUGGACGCGGAUGGCUCGCAGUGGACUUGCAUCAUUUGUGAUUGUUGGAGGUUAUUUCUUGGGUGUUGAUUGCUUGGCAUCGAAAUGAGUACAGAGAGGGGGUGCGUCUUAGUAUUGGUUCUACUUUGUGACAUGAAGAUCAUGAGUUCUAGCUUUAGAACCGUCUUCUUGUUAAAAUGUCAUAAAAAAAAUAAUAUUAAAUUUAAGUGUUUAAAUAAUAUUUUUGAUAUUUCUUUUUAGACUAAUCAUGAAAAUAAUUCAUUUCUUUUUC